AUGGCUACCACUCAACAGAAUGAUGGAAGAAAUACUACUCCAGUUGAUGCUUCUCCUAAUGUUGUUGGGACACAAGAAGCCGCGGAAAACGCUGCUAAUGUUCGUGGGAAAACAGAUCCUGCUUGGGAGCAUUUUCCAGCAUUGGAUGCAGCUGUUGCCAUUGGCUCUGGUUUUAAAGGACCAUCUUAUGAUGAAUUAAGGGUCAACUUGUUAGGAGAUUGCAACAAAGAGUGUCAGUUACUUGUUGAAAGCCACCGGGCCAAUUGGGCUAAGUAUGGAUGCAUGUCAUUUGUCAAAUCUGUGGAUGCAUCCGAUAUUGUCAAAGAUGCUUCAACAUUGUGCCACUUGUUUUCUGAAGUUAUUGAGUGGGUUGGACCUCAAAACGUGGUUCAUGUUGUCACAGAUAAUGCGGCUAACUAUUUAGCUGUCGGUAAAUUAAUUCAUCAGAAAUAUGAGAACAUUUUUUGGACUCCAUGUGCUGCUCAUUGCAUAAAUCUCCUUUUGAAGGAUAUUGGUUGCUUGCCACAUAUUGCAGAUCUUGCCUCAAAAGCUUCUAAGGUGACUAUAUUUAUUUACAAUCAUAUGAUAUUUUUAUCUUGGCUUAGAAAAAGAAGUAGUUGGAAAGAAAUUGUUCGUCCAGGGGUGACUCGGUUUGCUACCACCUUUAUCACAUUGAAAAGUAUUUCUGAUCAUAAGUCUGAUUUGCAAGCUCUAGUUGUUAAUCAACACUUUACUGGUCAUAAGUUAUCAACGGGUAAACUUGUUAGUGGAAUCAUUUUAGAUAGUAAAUUUUGGAGGGAUUGUGAGGUGGUGUCAAAUAUUGCAGCUCCCAUUAUCCGACUCCUUAGAAUUGUAGAUGGGGAUGAAAAACCCUCGAUGGGCUAUGUUUAUGAUGGCAUGCAAAGGGCAAAGAACGCAAUCAUGCGGAUGUUCAGGGAUAAGAGUGAAUUGUAUAAGCCGUACACAGAUAUUAUUUCAGCUCGAUGGGAUAAACACUUGAAGCACACUCUUCAUGCAGCAGCUUACUUUCUAAAUCCUGGAUUCUUUUAUGAUCCAAGUUUUGUUGAAAAGGAUAGAGUUGUGCAGUCACUUGUUGAUUUGUUGGAGGUGAAAAGUCUAUGUGCUAGCUUACCCAAAGCCCUUCUAGAGUUGAAUGUCUAUCGUGAGCGGAAAGACUCAUUUAGUCGAGCAAGUGCUUUGCAAGCGGCAAGCCAAAUUCAACCCGUUUUAAUAAAUUUAUUUAUUGCAACUCAAUGGUGGUCAAUAUAUGGGAGUAGUGCUCCAUUGUUACAAAAGAUUGCAAUUCGUAUUCUUAGCCAAACAUCAUCAUCUUCAGGGUGUGAAAGAAAUUGGAGUUUCUUUGAACGCAUCCAUACUAAAAAACGAAAUAGACUUGAACACCAAAAGCUAAGUGAUCAUGUUUAUAUUACUUAUACCUUGCGUUUGAAGAAAAGGAGUGAAUUGAAGAAGAGAACUUAUGAUCCUGUUGAUUAUGAAUGCAUCAAUAAUGUUGACUUUUGGGUAGUUGAGGAAGAAGCAUCUCCUGAGUUUGAUGAUAAUGAGGCUGAGCUUGAGAAUAACAUUUAUGAAGAUGAUGCAAGAGAUGUUGCAGGUGGUGAAGAAGUUGGCAUUUCAGAGGAGCCACUGAUGGAGUCAGUUGAUUUUCAAAUUGGGGCAAAUGUUGAAUCAUCGUCGUUUGAUGGAAUAGAGAUCAAUCUUAAUGAUGUUAAUGAUUUCUGA